AUGGAUACCAAAUUUCAAGCCUUACCUCCUCUCAAAAGACACAGGCUCUUACAACAGCAGCAGCAACAACAACAACAACAACAAAACAAAGAAAAUGUACCUAUCUAUUUGCAAUUGCCGGCUAAGAAGCGAAAGGAGUCCCGGAACCCACUUCCUGCUGAUGCUGAUCCCAGAGUAACCGCCACUGCUGCAUGUUGUUUGCCAACCAAGAAGAGGGUUUGGGCACCGCAUCCUGAUUUGGUAUUCGGUAAGCCUCUUUCACCUUUCGAUCUCAAUGUUGAGUAUAAUCCUUCUUUUAAUGAAGAAAUUAAAGCAAAUGAGGAAAACAAGAAAACCCCUCUUUCAUUUAGUACUGACAAGCCAAUUGAAAGUGAAAGUGAAGAAGAAUAUUUGAAAGAAGAGGAAAAUGUCACCGCUCUUGGUGAAAACAAUCAAGAAGAGUGUAAAUAUGAAGAGGAAAAAGAAGAAGAAGAAGAUGAUGACGGGAUUUUGUGUGCUAUUUGUCAAAGCACGGAUGGGGAUCCAACAGAUCCUAUAGUGUUUUGUGAUGGGUGUGAUUUAAUGGUUCACACUACUUGCUAUGGGAAUCCUUUAAUAAAGGGGGUUCCCAAUGGUGAUUGGUUUUGUAUUCAGUGUUUAGCUUCUAAAUCUGACAGAUCAGAAAGUAAGCAGUCCUCUUUAUCUUGUUGCUUGUGCCCAACAAAGGGUGGUGCUUUGAAACCCACCACAGCAAAGGGUGGUGAUGGAUCAUGGGCUCAUGUUGUGUGUGCACUUUUGAUUCCUGAGGUGUUUUUUGAGGACCCAGAUGGCCGUGAAGGAAUUGAUUGCUCUAAGGUUCCUAAAAGGAGACGGGAAGGGAAAUGUUAUGUUUGUAAGAGUAGAAAAGGGUGUGUUAUUGAGUGCUCUGAGCCUAAGUGUCCUCUGGCAUUUCAUGUUACUUGUGGGUUGAAUGAGGAUCUUUGUAUCGAGUAUAAAGUUGGGAAGAAGAAGAAGGAGACUAUAGUUGCUGGGUUCUGCAAAACCCACACUGAAUUAUGGGAUAAGCAACAACAGUCAGGGAAGUUCAAGAUUGUAGCCAGAGAAGAGCAUAGAAAGUAA